CCCCGGUCAUUCGUCCUUCAUAACUCAUACAGUCGAAUCGCACUGUCUGUCGUCCGCAAAUCAUCCUCAUAUUUUCACCUGGACGAUAAGAAAGGAAAAAAGAGCCAGUUUAGCGCGGCCAACGGAACAGGAGCUGCAGAAUGUGGUCCCCGAGAGGCAAGGAAAGCGGCCGGCUGCUGUUGGUGCUGGUGCUGUGCAGUUUCGGCAUUCUAGUGCUGACGGAGUUGCCCCGACCGCGGGGGGUGUCCAUUUCGAGGGCCAGUCUCUAUCCGGCCGGAGGAGGUAAGUUUGUUUGCCUGGACGGCAAGCGGACAAUCCGAUGGGAGCAGGUGAACGACGACUACUGUGAUUGCGCGGACGGAAGUGACGAGCCGGGAACGGCGGCCUGUCCGAACGGUGUGUUCCACUGUACCAACGCCGGUUACAAGCCGCUCAAUCUGCCGAGCAGUAGGGUCAACGAUGGCAUCUGUGACUGCUGUGACGCGUCGGAUGAGUACGCCUCGGCGGCCAGUUGCGUCAACACCUGUUCCGAGCUGGGCAAAGAGGACCGGCUGCGGGAGAAACAACGGACGGAGAUGGCCAAAAUGGGACAGCAGAUGCGGGCCGAGAUGAGUCAACGCGGCAAGUCCCUGAAGGAGGAGCAAAGGCUUCGAUUUGCCGAGCUGGAGAAGAGCAAGGUCGAAGCGGAAGCGAUUCGCGAUGAGAAGGCGUCGAUUAAGUCGGACGCUGAAGCGCUGGAGAGUGUCGCCUUGAAGGUGUAUCGUGACCGCGAGGAGGACGCCCGGCGUGUCAAGCAGGAACAAGAAGCGAUGAGCAACCGCGAGGAGGCCGAAGAAACGUUCCGGAAGUACGACUCGAACCAGAACCAACUGUUGGAGAUUGUAGAACUUCAGACGCGCAUCGUGUUCGACCGUAACCGAGACGGCGCAGUUACCGUCGAAGAAGCCAAGUACUUUUUGGACGAGCACGAUCAGGUCGACCUGGAGACGUUCAUUUCGCUGUGCUGGCCAAAAAUCAAACCAUUUUUGAUGAUGGAUUCGGGACUGUUCAAACCACCGAGUGACGUCGACGAGCUUAACCAGGAAGAGGCCGAGCUGCAGAAUGACGAAGAUGACCGCCGUUACGAACUGGAUUCCAGCGAACCUGCCCACCAUUACAACGAAGAAGAAGAAGGCACCGAGCUUGAGCACGAAGAAGAGGAAGACGAUGAAGGGCUGGACGAGCCGGAAGUUGGCGAAGGCCAGGUCCAAACAGAGCAACCCGAAGAAGCACCCAAGGUCGAGUACGAUCCAGACACGGCCGAACUGAUCCGCAAGGCUAACGAAGCCCGUAACCACCACUCCGAAGCGGAUCGCCACGUGCGCGAAAUAGACCAGGAAAUGCGCAACAUCGAGGAUGCCCUCAACAAGGACUACGGUCGCGAUGAGGAGUUUGCUCCGCUCAAUGGCGAAUGCAUCAACUACGAGGACCGUGAGUACGUCUACAAGCUGUGUCCGUUCGACAAGGCCAUCCAGCAGCCCAAAAACGGCGGCUCCGAAACGAGACUCGGCACCUGGGACCGGUGGGAGAACGCCGACUACACUGCCAUGCGCUACUCAAACGGGGCCACCUGCUGGAACGGUCCGGCGCGUUCCGUUCUGGUGCACCUCGAGUGUGGCCUCGACAGCCGUAUUCUGUCCGUAUCGGAACCGAAUCGCUGCGAGUACGAGUACCGCGUUCAAACGCCCGCCUCGUGCAACCUCAACGCCGACGCCGGCAAGGAUCAGCAGCACGACGAGCUGUAGAAAAGUUGCGAGAGGGCGGAGAACGUUCUUAGUGAAAAAAAUAAUAACCGAAUAUUUGUAGCGCUGCAUUUGUCUCAGUUUAAAUUCAUCAAACGAAAAUAAAAACAACACGGCAACGUCUGUAAUUUGUCUCAGGAAAGUGAAAGUAAGAUUGCAAGAGCGAAGGAGAAGAGAUCAACAAAUCAUUGUGACCGGAUGCAUUGCCAACCGCAAAAAAUAGUAAAUUUGUUUGGAUACACACAUUCCUAUUUCGUUUUUAACCGAUGUAGAGCAAAGCUUUAGAAUAAAAAAAAAUGCGGCACCGAUCGUUGCGGAAAUAAGAAAAAUAAAGUUUGUAGUAGAAGAAAACAACAACAACACGAUUUGCAAGACAAAAAUUUUACAGUACUGAUAUUGAUUACUUUUCCGAUGUGUUUUAUGUCUGGAGUGAUUGAAUAAAAUCGACAAUUCUAUCGAAUAAA